CACGGCCCACUGUUUCAUCGUCUUUUUCUGUCUAUUGCCAUUCACUUCUCCCUUCUCUCUUCUCACACCAGUUCAUCUUCAACCUCCUCUCCACAAACUCUCCAUUUUUCUGCCAUUUUUGUAAAUUAUGAAUUGCUAAAUUAUUUUACUACUUUUGUAAGAAAAAACUCAUAUUCAUACACUAUAUAUCUACUUUUUCUGCCAUUCUUGUUGAAGAUUAAUAAAGGUCAAGUUUCUGGCCUUGUUUAGAGUUUUUGAAGCGAUAAUGUGGGCCUAAAUUCUGGUAACUUUUAUUUUUAUCAAUUCAAACUGAAUAAAAGUUUGCAUUUUUUUAUUUUCCUAAAAUGCCCAUGUAAAAAAUCAUUAAAAAUUGCAUUUUUCUUGUGGGUUUGUGAAUUAAUUAGCAAAUUGAUGAAUCUUCGUUUAAAGGGUAUUAAGCUCAUGAUUUCAAGCUAGACUCUUUUUGAGCAAGAAUUUUCAAAAGGUGUUUGGAAUUAUCCACUUUUCAACGGGUUAAAGUGUCAAAAUUUUCUUGCUUUUUCAUCCUAUGGGGAUUACAUACUUUUGUAUACAGUUACCGUUACGUUUUGUUUUGCAGUAUCAGAUUCUCUAACGAAAUCUAUGAAUUUAAAGUACCUAAAGUGUGAAGUUGAAGUCUGAUUUGAGAUACUUAAGUACUAGAGUUGAUGUUAUAGCGACACUUUCCUUUAAUUGCUCAUUCUUGAUCUCAGAACUCAUCACUAGAUAAGUAAGUAACAUUUUUGGGGUUCCCAUUGCCACUAUAACCGUAAGUGUCAGCCGAGGGAUUUUCGGAAAUACUCUUUCUGCCUUUCCAGGGUAGGGGUAAGGCUGCGUACGCCCUACCUCCCCAGACACCACUUGUUGGAUUACAUUGGGUUUGUUGUUUCUUGUUUGUUGUUGUUGUUGUUGUUGUUGUACUAUAACCGUAAGUGUGAACCCCAUCAAGAAAAAGGUAUUGACAUAUUUUGGGGGUUGACAUUGUUGUGACUUGUGGAUUUGCAGUGUGAGAUAGGGAAAUUGUUGCAUUGUGAAGCAUGAUGAGGCUUCUUGGAAGUCUGUCGAUGCUUCGUCUUUUAAUGUGGCUAUUUUGGUUGCCACGAUUAGGGAGCUCUCAGUUAGCUGAUUUUUCCCCGGGAGCUGCACGGGCACUAGAUGCACUUCUCCAAAAUUAUGCUUAUCUUGCAUUUGAUCGUCCGAGGAUUAGGACAGGUGUUGUCUAUGAUGCAAAUGUUCCCUCGAAUUUGACUGGGAUUAAGGUGUCUGCAUUGAGGCUUAGGAGUGGUAGCUUAAGAAGGAGAGGAGUUGAAAUGUAUAAAGAGUUCAAGAUUCCCAUUGGUGUCAUUGAGCAGCCUUUUGUUGAGAGACUUGUAUUAGUUUACCAAAAUUUAGGUAAUUGGUCUUCAAGAUAUUAUAAUUUACCUGGUUACAUUUACUUGGCUCCGGUGUUAGGUCUUCUCGCUUACGAUGCAUCAAACUUGUCAGCGACUAACUUGCCCGAGUUGGAUAUCAAAGCUUCCGUUCAGCCCAUCUCGAUAAGUUUUUCAAAUGUCAAGCCAUUGCCUGUUGGAUCAUCUGCAAAGUGUGUUUCUAUUGAUUUACAAGGUUCCGUGAAUUUCAGCAGUGUUUUGUCGGACAACACGUGCACAGCAUUUCAACAGGGGCAUUUCUCUAUUGUGAUCGAGUCACUUGCUCCUUCUCCUGCGCCAUUGCCUCCAACACCAACCCCGGUAUCCCCUCCAAAGGGAAAGAGAAACAAGUCAAAAGUCUGGAUAAUUGUUGGUUCAGUGGCAGGAGGACUAGUGUUGUUGUUUCUUUUAGGUCUCCUGAUAGCGUGCGCGAGCAAGUACAAGCACAAGAAGAAAAUUCAACAAAUGGAGAGGGCUGCAGAGGUUGGAGAAGCAUUACAAAUGACUAAAGUUGGGAGCACGAAAGCACCGGUUGCUGCUGUAACGCGAACACAACCUACACUAGAAACUGAGUACAGGCCCUAAUUUAUCCCAUCUGAACAAUCUGCCUCACAAGUUCACAUUCAUGUUUCUUUUGCUGCAGUUAGAUAUUCUUGGUGUUGCUUUAUCCAAUUCUUUUUGUAGGCUUAUGGUAGCAGAGUGAGUAAUAUAUAUGGUUAUUGUGUAAAUAAUAAUCUCAUAGCUUUCACAUUAGCCAUUCAUAUUUGUGAUGAUUUGUUAUAGUGUGCAUUUAGACUCUUAGCACAUAGUAGAGUUCAUUGUGAUGAAAAUCUGUAAGAAUUUAUUGACAAGAAAUAAAAUUGUUUGAUGGUAUUUUUCCUAGCUUA